GGAAAGGCGCUCGAGCGCGCUGUGGAUUUUGAAAAAGAAAAAAAAAAAUCUUUAAAAAAAAAUAAAAUAAAAAAUCACUUCACACCAAGAUCAGAACUUACUUUUUAUGGGGGGGUUGGGCGUGGCACGCGCACCUUUCAGGCCACGCCCAGGCGACACAACCGACGCAGCUUCCACGUCAGCGCGAGCUGGACGGCUGUGAUUGUCGCGCGCUCGCGGUAAGGCGUGAGUUCAUCUGUUUUCGCUCUUCGUUUGUUGAUCCACUGUGACACUCAUACAGCCGUGUGUGUGUUUGUGCGCGCGCGCGUGUGUGUGUGUGUGUGUUUAAUGUUCAAAUACAUGUAUAUACAUGCCAACGCAUCACAGCGCGCGACGUGCUGAGGCCACGCCCACUAUCACUGUUGACGAAUGAAGAUGGAGCAGCAACUAGCAGAUAUGGAGAUGAUGACCCCGCUGAUGGAGGAGGUGGGAGAAGAAGAGAACUCGGACGAGGAGAGCGCCAAUGAGCAACAGUCACACGGCAUCACUUUCACUCAGACUUUACUUCAUCUGUUAAAAGGGAACAUCGGCACAGGGCUGCUGGGCUUGCCUCUGGCACUGAGGAAUGCUGGGAUACUGUUGGGCCCGGUGUGUUUGGUGCUGAUGGGAGUGGUGUGUGUUCAUUGCAUGCACAUCUUGGUGAACUGCAGCCACCAGCUGAGCGAGAGGUUAAAGAAGUCGCCUCUUAGUUAUAGUGAGACAGUAGCCGUUGCCAUGGAGACAAGCUCCUCCCACUGCCUGAGGAGAGGUGCCAAUUUUGGGAGACUGUUGGUGAACUUCUUCCUGGUUUUGACCCAGCUGGGCUUCUGCAGCGUGUACUUCGUCUUCCUGGCGGAGAACAUCAAACAGGUGGUAGAGGGUCACUACAUUAACUCUUCCUCCUCAUCAUCAUCUUCAGAAGCAGUGUUAGCGUUUUACUCCAACAGCUCAGAAGGGGGUGGAGGCCCUGUCGUUUCCACGGCGACAGGGCUGGACCAGCGAGUGUACAUGCUCCUUCUCCUACCCUUCCUCAUCCUCCUCACCUUCAUCAGGGAGCUGAGCAACAUGGCACCUCUGUGCGCUGCAGCCAAUCUAGCCAUGGCCGCCAGCCUCGCGCUCAUCUACACCUACAUUCUCGCUGAUGUCGGUGACCCCAGGCAGCUCCCAUACGUCUCCACAUGGAAUAAGUUCCCCUUCUUUUUUGGAACUGCCAUCUUUGCCUUUGAAGGGAUUGGAGUGGUUCUUCCUGUAGAGAAUCAGAUGCGUGAGCCGAAGCGCUUCCCCUGCGCUCUUGAUGUCUCCAUGGGCAUCGUCAUUGUCCUCUACGUUACCUUGGCAACGCUUGGCUACCUCCGCUUCGGGGAUCACAUCAAAGGAAGCAUCACGCUCAACCUGCCACAUGACUCCUGGUCUAAUCUCCUGGUGAAGGUUCUCUACUCGUUCGGAGUGUUUGUGACGUUUGCUGUUCAGUUCUUCGUUGCUGCGGAGAUCGUGGUACCUGCUGUGUGUGAGCGUGUUUCAGAAAGAUGGAGACGACACACUGACCUCUUCACACGAGCACUGCUGACCUGCAUUACCUGUGCAGUGGCUGUUCUCGUCCCUCGUUUGGAUCUGGUGAUCUCACUGGUGGGCGCGGUGAGUAGCUCCGCCCUGGCGCUCAUCUUCCCGCCCCUGGUAGAGCUGAUCGCUUGCUCCACUCGUCCCUCCGCACUCCUUUUCCUGAAGGAUUUGUCUAUCGCCCUGAUCGGAUUCCUCGGCUUCCUCACCGGAACUUAUGUCACAGUGGGGGAGACGUUAUACCCGUCUCCAUGACGACGAGAACGAAGCCAGACCCCCUGCCCUAUACAGUGAUAACGUACUACAUUGUGUGUGACACUCACACACUCGGACUCCUGGAGAUAAAUACAUGGGUCGACAAUUUUUAUAACUCUAAUACUUUUUCAUUCCAGCUGCACACACUGCCGUCCCUCACCCUGUGUGUGUGUGUGUGUGUGAGAGUGUGUGUGAGAGAGAGAAAGAGAGACCACUGAUGUCUGUGCCAUGUGGUGCAUUACAUUCCUCCUAUUGCGUGUGUGUGUGUGUGUAUAUGUUUAUGGGAGUGACAGUAAAUGUAAGAGCUAUACACUGUACUGUAUAUAUUCUUUAACAGAUUUAUUAUUAAUAAAUUAAGAACUUUAACAGCC